AUGAGUAAAGCUUACGAUAGAAUCGAGUGGAGUUUUGUGAGAGAGGUGCUACAGCAGCUCGGUUUUGAUCCGAAAUGGAUCUCCUGGAUCAUGACGUGCAUAGAGUCUGUCUCUUACUCCUUCUUGAUCAAUGGGAUACCGCAAGGUUCAGUGCUCCCAUCGCGUGGCUUGCGGCAAGGCGACCCGUUAUCACCGCACAUCUUCAUACUAUGUACGGAGGUACUAUCAGCUCUAUGUGCAAAGGGGCAGGAAGACGGAUCCUUGGCGGGGGUUAAGGUCUCCCGUAACAGCCCACCGAUCAAUCAUUUACUCUUCGCCGACGACACUAUGUUUUUUUGUAAAUCUAAGGCGACGUGUGUGCAAGCUCUGAAACAGAUUCUCGUGGUAUACGAGGAGGUCUCCGGACAAAAGAUUAAUCCCAUGAAGUCGGCCAUUACUUUUUCGGCAAAAACGCCAGCUACGGUUAGAGCAAGGGUGAAGGAUGCUCUGGGCAUCUCUCUUGAAGGAGAAUUUUCUCAAAGUGGAAACGCAUAUUGCUUUAAUUAUUUUGUUGUGAACGCUGAUGAAUAUUUACUAUUAAUAUGCAGGCUAAAAUUUAAUGCGAAUGCAGAUAUUAAAUACUACAGUCUCGCUGACAUUCCAAAAGUUGUAAUGGUCCUCUUAUCUGCAACGAACCAUAGACUGGAUAUAUGCAUAUAUGCAAAAGCGAUCUCACAAUACUGGGAUCUGCCCGGAGGUGUGAUCUCUCAUUUAAGUGCAGUGGAGACUGAUUUAGCUCACAUGCAAAAAGAAGGGGAUGAAGAGGUGUCAGAGCUGAGUAAGCCCGAUAAUGCAAGUAGUUCCAAGAAUAAUAUUCAAUGCGCAUCUGCUUCAGGCUAUGUUGGCGAUCCUGGUUUGGGUAGAUCAAGUGAAACACAGGGGAAGAAUCUGCUUGCUGGCGUUAUAAACAAGGGUUUAACAUUUAAACCUCACGCGUACAUUAAUCACUACACAAAUGGAGAAUUAGCUGCAUCAGCUGCUACUGCUUUGGCCGUCCUAUUGUCAGAAGAAACCCACGAGCCUGAUCAACAAAAGUUUAGUAAUGAGAAAGCUGCCUCAAGUAACAUUUUGCUUCAGGUGAAAGCUUUGUUAGUAGCCUCGAGUUUCUUCUGGCCAAGUCCUGAUAAGAAGGAAAUCACCAGGGAAAGGUGUGUGUGUCAUUCUUGUAAACUCACAUCAGCAAGUAGGAGAGGAUGCAUGCUAAAUGCAGCUGUAACAGGAGCCACCAAAAGUGCUGUGAAAAUCUUUGCGGCCUUUUUCUCUGAGAACGGGGGGGGUGUGCUUUCUAGUAUUGCAGCAUAACUAUACCUAGAGGAAAGCUUACGUGGUCUCAUUGUUGGGCCAUUUCUCAAUGAGAGUCUUAGGAAACAGUGGCGUAAGAAGAUAGAGGAGGUCACAUGCAAAGUGAUGAAAGCUCUCCUGCUUGAACUUGAGGAAAGUAUUUGCAGUAUUGCUUUGUCAAGCGAUUGGCUUAAACUGAUGGAUGACUGGUUGAUAGAACAUUCUAUGUUUCAAAGCGUUAGAGUUACUGUUGGGGCCACACAGAAACGUGGACCUGGAAAGAGGAGGCAGAGGAACCAGUCUGAAGUUACAGCCGAAGGUUCUAAUGAUGAUAGCUUCACUUGGUGGCGAGGAGGGAAAUUAUCAAAAGCCAUACUACUGAAGGCAGUCUUGUUGAAGCCAAUGAUACAGAAAGCAGCCUGGCAAGGUGGUGUGAAAAAGUUUCCUGAAUUUAAUUAUGGUGAUGGUUCUUACAUACCUAAAAGAAGCAGGCGGUCUAUUUGGAAAGCUGCAGUUGAUAGUAGCAAAAACAUUUCACAACUUGCUCUUCAGGUUAGGUACCUUGAUAUGAAUAUAAGAUGGAGUGAACUUGUACGCCCAGAGCAAAACGUGCAAGAUGUUAAAACAGGUUCAGAGACAGAGGCCAGUGUCUUUAGGAACGCUAGUAUCUGUGACAAAAAGAUUAUAGAUAACAAGGUUAGAUAUGGAGUUGCCUUUGGAAAUCAGAAGCACCUCCCGUCUCGUGUCAUGAAGAAUGUAAUCGAAGUCGAGAAAACUGAAGAUGGAAACGAAAAGUUUUGGUUUGCUGAAGCAUGCGUUCCUUUAUAUUUGACCAAAGAAUAUGAAGAAAGUUUGCAUAAGGCCGUCCAUGCGCCUUUUAUCAAGAAGCCGUCAAAAAGAUUAUCAAAGCUACAGAGAAAGCAACUGAAAGCUUCUCGAGCAAACAUAUUUUCUUAUCUAGCCUCUAGGAGGGAUGACACUGAGAAGUGCUCUUGUGCGUCAUGCCAUCUUGAUGUUUUAUUGAGGGAUGCAACAACAUGCAGUUCUUGCCAAGGUUUCUGUCACAAGGAAUGUACUACUAUGAGCACACAACAACACACAGCUGGAAAUGUUGAAACUGUGGUAACCUGCAAACGGUGCUACCUUGCAAGAGCUCGUUCACUAAUCAAUAUCAAUCACAGACAUCCAACAACACCCACUGUUAUGACCAAUGGACAACAUCAAAACGCAGUCACUCCAGUCGUUAAGACACAGACUAAGCCUCUUAUUCAACAGUUACCAUCUUCUAACACACGAGACAAGUCUUCAGGAGUUAAACAAAUCACUCCUGAUUCUAAUACGGCACCAAAGAGUCAACACAAGACAUUGUCUUGGGGAGUCAUAUGGAGGAAGAAGAACUCGGAAGACACAGGUGCUAGCUUCAGACAUCAAAAUGUUGUGUUGGCUGCACAAUCUGCUCAGCCUAAUCCAGGACCAGUUUGUUGGAUAUGCAAACUCCCCUAUAAUCCUGGUCAAACGUAUAUCCACUGUACAAACUGUGACAAGUGGUACCACAUUGAAGCGAUUAUGCUGGAGGAGUCAAAAAUCCAUGAAGUUGCUGGGUUCAAGUGUUGCAGGUGCCGUCGUAUACGAGUACCAGAUUGCCCUUUCAUGGAUCCCAAACUCAAGGAAGAGAGACAGAAGAGAAAUGCAUUCUUCCAGCGACAGAGACAUAAGAAAGGAAAUAAUAAUACCAGAAUGGAUUCUGAUUCCGAGAUAAUGUCUGAACCAAGAGACUCGGUACCCUCUACUCCCUCGUUUCCCCUUGAAGAUGCGUUUGUUCCUCAGGAUUUAGAUGUUGAAUGGAAUGUCGAUGGUUCUGUCCCGGAACCAGUUAGGAGACAAGUCAAACGUGAAGACAGAGAAGGGAACAAUAACAUUUCUUAUAUCGACUUCUCAAUGCCUCCCGAGUCACUUUCUUGUGUGAAACCAGAACCAACAUUGCCUGUCAUGGAUUGGGAUGCAUCUGACAGCAACAACAACAACAACAACAACAACAUGGUUAAAGGGGAGCUAACGUUUGACUACCAAGACAUGGAAUUCGAACCCCAAACCUAUUUCUCGUUGACCGAGUUGCUUACAGCAGAUGAUAGUGACCUGUGCAAUGGAUAUGGCUAUAACGAGGAUGUUUCAAGAAACACGGAUAACCCAAACCCUCAGGUUGAGACAAUGGAACAGUGGAGAGCGUUUCUCAGUGACAAUACAAAGCCAUGUCAGAUAUGUAUGCAUGUGGAACCAGAGGCUGAUCUCACUUGCCAGACUUGUAAUAUCACAAUACAUUCCCACUGCUCUCCAUGGGAGGAGGAAUCUACUUGCACCAGAAGUAACUGGAGAUGCGGUCCCUGCCGUGAGUGGAUGUAGCAGCGUUCCCUAAUUUGAAGUUACCACUUAAUUUGUACUUUUGUUUGCUUCUAGAAAUAUUUGGUGAAUACUAGGAACAUGUGUAAUUGAGAAGAAGUAAAUUAAAGUCCAUGAAGGCAAAAAGGUAAAAAGUCUCCUUUUAAUC